AGAAAAUUGUACUUAAACAACAUCCCUAACAUACCUUCAUAUCCAAAACACCAAAUGCAAACUACGUGGAACAUCGCCCGCCCAUUCUCCCCCACCAUGUCCACCCAACCCUCCAUCAUCUUCCCCGCACACUUCGCGCCGGGCACCACGGACAACUUCGUUAGCAACGAGAUAAUCGCAAAAGGCAUUUCUGCUAAGCAGAUCUGGAAACAACUAGCCGACGUUUCCAAAUGGGAGUCCUACUACAAAAACUGCGCCCAGAUCACCGUCCCCGAUGAAGGGCCACAGCUACUGAAGGGCCGCGUUUUCAAGUUCAGCACCUUCGGUUUCCCGCCGCUGACUUGCACGGUCAAGGAGAGUGUUGAGCCUGAGGGCAGUGUGAGGGGAAGGGAGGGCAGACUAGCGUGGGAGAGCAAGACGCCGGACGGGCUAGAGAUCUACCACGCGUGGUUGGUGCAGGACCUCGAGAAUGAUCGUGUCCGCGUUUUGACGCAAGAGAGCCAAAUCGGCCCUGUCUUCGCAGAAUGGAGUAUCCAAAAACCCAACAAGAUGCUACUCGGCCAUCAAGACUGGUUGGACGGACUGGUGAGCAAGAUCAGGGGCGAGGAGAUCAAAGAAACAAACUUGGAAAAAGUUGGGUUCCCCGUCCGACAACUCGAUGAGAAGGAGGUCAAGAAGGCUAGUGUACAGAUAGGAGUCUAGGUCUGGGCUGAGACAGUGAGGAAGGUUAGGGAUGGACAUGUGUUGCGGUAUCGGUCGGUCUGUACAAGGUCUGACUGUACCCCUGACAGACUACCCUAGUCUAGUGUGUGACAG